UUGCAGGUGCAUCAAGACAUGGAUGCUCCAUUAUCACAUUAUUUCAUAUUUACAGGGCAUAAUUCGUAUUUAACCGGUAAUCAGCUGAGUAGUGACUGCAGUGAAGUACCUAUAAUACAAGCAUUAAAGAAAGGUGUCAGGGUUAUUGAACUUGAUCUUUGGCCUAACUCCGAUGAAGAUGGUAUCGAUGUUCUUCAUGGAAGGACUCUAACAUCACCUGUGGAGCUGAUCAGAUGUCUAAAUGCUAUUAGAACACACGCCUUUGAUGUCUCUGAUUAUCCAGUUGUUGUAACUCUUGAAGAUCAUCUUACACCAAAACUCCAGGCUAAAGUUGCUGAGAUGGUUACUGAAGUAUUUGGAGAAAUGUUGUUUGUUCCUCCUUCCGGGGAAUGCUUAAAGGAGUUCCCAUCGCCUGCGUCUUUGAAAAAGCGUAUUAUCAUCUCAACAAAACCUCCCAAAGAGUACAAGAAAGCAAAAGAUGAUGAGGAUGUGGUGAAGAAAGAUAAGACUUUGGGUGAUGAAGAAGUUUGGGGAAGAGAAGUUCCAAACUUUGUUCCAAGGGACACAAGUGAUGACAAGAAUGAUUCAAACGGAGAUGAUGAUGACGAUGAUGAAGAUGAUGAUGAUGAUGAUACGUUCAAGAAGAAUGCGCCACCACAAUAUAAAAAUUUGAUUGCAAUCCAAGCUGGGAAACCGAAAGGUGGAAUGAGUGAAUGUUUGAGAGUGGAUCCUGAUAAAGUAAGACGGCUUAGCUUGAGUGAAGAACAGCUCGAAAAGGCCUCAGAAAAAUAUGCUAAACAGAUUGUGAGGUUUACUCAGAGGAAUGUGCUUCGGAUUUACCCAAAAGGAACUAGAAUUACUUCAUCAAAUUACAAUCCACUUGUUGGCUGGAGCCAUGGUGCUCAAAUGGUGGCUUUCAAUAUGCAGGGACAAGGAAGAUCAUUGUGGGUAAUGCAAGGAAUGUUUAGAGCCAAUGGAGGAUGUGGAUACAUCAAGAAACCCGAUAUUCUGCUGAAAUCCGACGCCGUAUUUGACCCGGAAGCUACAUUGCCUGUAAAAACAACACUAAGGGUAACUAUAUACAUGGGAGAGGGAUGGUACUACGAUUUUCCGCACACACACUUUGAUCGAUAUUCUCCACCUGAUUUUUAUACAAGGGUCGGGAUCGCUGGAGUCCCGGCGGAUACGGUGAUGAGGAAGACGAAAACGUUAGAGGAUAAUUGGAUACCAGGUUGGGACGAGGUUUUUGAGUUCCCAUUAACGGUUCCAGAGCUUGCUCUUUUGCGUAUAGAGGUGCAUGAGUAUGACAUGUCGGAGAAAGAUGAUUUUGGAGGCCAAACAUGCUUACCGGUCUGGGAACUGAGGCAAGGAAUACGUGCUGUUCCUUUGCGUAACCAGGAUGGUGUCAAGUGUAGAUCCGUGAAGCUUCUUGUGCGCUUGGAGUUUGUGUGAGUAUAUAAACAUGAGGGCAUUAAGCGACUUAUAAGUCAGUCGCUUUUCUGCGGAAUGACUUUUUCUUUGUAUUUUUGUUAAGCAAAAACGCAAACUUUGUGUGUAUUUUUUCAUUACGCGGAUUUUUGUUGAUUGGCAAAAAUAACCUGCGGAAUUGUGUUUAAAAACGCAAUUCCGCCAUUCUGCAGGUUACCAAUCAGAG